UCUAAGGAUGAUACUGGGAGUGGCAAUUAUUAUUAAGAUUUGUAGUAGUAUAGUAUUGUACUUUUUAAAAUAUCAUUUUAAUAACAAUGGGGGUAUAGCAGCAUGAAGUAAUCAAGUUUAUAUUAAUUUAUAUUAAUUAAUAUUAAUUAUGUUUUAUAAGCUGCGUUUUUAAGGUUUACAUAAGUAUUUUUUUUUAAUUGGCUGUUUGUUUGUUUUUUUCCUUUAAUGAACAUUCAGCAUUCCGUUUACAUUCAGCUUCUUACUCUGCAUAUCCUCGUCGGCGGAUGUAAAAUCCAGCAAUCAGAGGACUUCCUCCUCCUCCUCCUCCUCCUCCUCCUCCUCCUCCAGCCUCCCGGUGCCUCUCCGCCGUGGGUUGGGCUCCUCUUGCAGGACCGUUCCAAACUAUCCGGAUCAAAAACAGUAGCUCAGGAUACCGCUGCUGCUGCCGCUUUCUCCCAGUUGAAGCGGCCGCCUCCUCCGCGUUGAUCAGAGGUUCGGUCUGCUCAGGACAGAGGGGGGUCAGUCCCUCAGUGACCCGCCGCUGGUUCACCUGCAGAGGCAGGAUGCGCUCCCGGGCUGCGCUCUCCUGGUCUACAUCCCUGUUUUGUUUGCUCUUCCUUUCUACCGUGUCUCCUUCCACCUCCUCUCGCCCUCAGUGGAUUCUCCAGCGUGUCCCUGUGGUCCUGCCCGAGAAGACUGAGGAUCAACCGGCCCCCCACUUCCUGUCUCAAGCUCGUUUGGACGUCGCCUCGGAAUGUGACCCAGAAUGUCACAAGAGGGCGCCUCGUCUGAGCUACUGGGACCUGCGGCGUCUUCUGGCCUUUGAGACGCUCCACUCUGAUGGACGACUCACUGAGACCGCCAUUGGGAUUUAUGGCUAUAACCCCAACUUGAACACCAGCCCGGCCUACGCCUCUGGGUCUCCUGCUAAGGCCGAGGGCUCGCGGGUCAGAAGACGACGAGAGAUCUUUGGGCAUGAUGGACGUUUCAGCAUCGCAGGCCAGAACUUCCUGUUGAAGUUUCCAUUCUCAGUGGCAGUCAAACUGUCCACCGGAUGUUCUGGCACUCUGGUAGGGGACCGCCACGUCCUCACAGCAGCUCAUUGUGUCCAUGAUGGUAAAAACUAUGUGAAAGGAGCCCAGAAGCUUCGGGUUGGCUUUUUAAAAUCCAAGCAACGAGAUGCACCACAGUCUACCACGAACCCUACCAACCAUGUUGAGGGAGCUCCAUACGCACCGCCAACCAACGACAAAAUGAAGUUCCAGUGGAUACGAGCCAAGCGGACCCACGUUCCCAAAGGAUGGAUCAAAGGGAACGCCAACGACAUUGGGAUGGACUUUGACUACGCCUUGCUUGAGCUCAAGAAACCCCACAAACGUCGGUACAUGAAGUUAGGGGUCAGUCCACCGGCACAAAGGCUUCCUGGCCGCCGAGUUCACUUCUCGGGGUUUGAUAACGACCGCCCAGGACAGCUUGUGUAUCGGUUCUGUCAGGCUGGCGAGGAGACACCAGAUCUGUUGUACCAGCACUGUGACGCUCAGCCCGGCGCCAGCGGCUCAGGAGUGUACGCCCGGAUGUGGGACGGGCGCCGGCGGCGAUGGGAGCGUAAGGUGAUAGGCGUGUUCUCUGGCCAUCAGUGGGUGGAGAGACAAGGAGCGUCCCAGGAGUUCAACGUAGCCGUGAGAAUCACGCCCCUGAAAUACGCCCAGAUUUGCUUCUGGAUAAAAGGCAACUUUGUGGACUGCAGAGAGGGGUGACGGAGAAGCAAGGAUCCCACAGGGGUGUAGCUACCAAACCAUUUACAGAUCCUUGUGGAAUAUUGGGCACCACAAGACAAAAACAAAAACUGGGAAAUCUGAUAAACAUCCAAGAAGAUAUACAGAUAAACCACACUUUUCUAUUUAGAUAAAACAAUGUACUAACCAAAACAACCAAUUUAUUUAAAUUACAUUUUAGGUGCUAAAAUUCAUAAUGUGCAUCACUGCAAAUAAAUAAAUAAAGCCAUUACUUUAUACAGUAAAAUGCUCCUAUUGAGCGAACACUAAUUAUUGCACUGUUGAGACGUUCUACUGAAAACUUUUGUGGAUGAAUGUACCAAAGAUUCAAAAUGUUUCCUUCUAGACUGAUUUAACUCCUUUCGGUUGACAUAUUUGUUUUCACCAAUAUACUGUGUUUUCAGGUUAUGGCUGGACUGAUUUAUCAAGUUUUUUUUUCCCUCCAGUCUGAACAGUUAAAUCUUUGCUGCCAUCUGGUGGCCAAAUAUAGCACUGCAGCAGUUCCUUGUUAUCUUGCUUGAUUUCACUGAGGUUGCAUUGUUGCCUUUUCUCAGAUAUGGCUGUGGAAGAUUAAAUGAAAUAUAUGCUUUAAGAAAAAAAAGAGGUUAUGUCCAAUAUGCUUUAUUAUUCCGCUUGUUUGACAUGUAUAUUUAAUUUCCCUUUGAGGAUCAAUAAAGCGUUUUAUUUCUUUUGA